AUGGUAGGGUCACGAGUGUACGUCGGCGGUUUGCCGUACGGGACCACCGAGCGGGACUUAGAGCGAUUUUUCAGGGGCUACGGCAGAAUGCGGGACGUGCUCAUCAAAAACGGCUACGGGUUUGUUGAAUUUGAUGAUUAUCGCGAUGCAGACGAUGCUGUAUAUGAAUUAAACGGUAAAAAACUUUUAGGGGAGCGUGUGACUGUCGAACGGGCCCGAGGGACACCCCGAGGUCGAGACCAAUGGUCCAGCCGCAGCGACCACCGCUCCCAUGAACGCUAUGGGCCCCCCACCAGAACCAAUUACCGGCUUAUCGUGGAAAAUCUCUCGUCGCGCAUUAGCUGGCAAGACUUGAAAGAUUAUAUGCGCCAAGCCGGCGAAGUCACCUACGCGGACGCCCAUAAGCAGCACCGUAACGAGGGCGUCGUCGAGUUCGCCUCGUACUCUGACCUCAAAAACGCCAUUGAAAAGCUCGACGAUACCGAGCUGAACGGUAGGCGCAUCCGCUUGAUCGAGGACAAAAAGCGCAGUAGACGCUCAGGCUCGUACAGCAGCCGUAGUCGCUCCCGCAGUAGAUCCCAGAGACGGUCCAGGUCCCGAAGCCGCUCGAGACGAAGUUCCAGAUCCAAGAGCAAGUCGAGGUCUGCCAGCCCCAAACAAAACAGUAAAUCCCGAUCCAGAUCCAACUCGCGGAAGAAGUCGGUCGACCGCUCGAGAAGCAACUCGAGGAAGAAGUCGGUCGAUAGAUCUAGAUCGAGAUCUAGGUCGCAGAAGAGAUCCAAGUCGAGGGAGGCUUCGAAGGAGCGCUCCCGGUCGAGAUCGCGUUCGCCGAGCAAAGAACGCAGCAAGUCGAGGAGUCGGUCCGGAUCGCCCAACUAACCAGAUAGCCCCACCUUCAUUAAGUAAACAUUCAAGUUGUAGUAAAAGUUUGUAGUUUUAGCCUUAUAUUUUAGCAUUUAUAACCAGACAUAUUUUAUAUUUUUUUGUUUAAUAUGUAAUAAAUUAGCUUGGUUCGUACGCGUUAGUGCA